CAUGAUGGGCCGCGGAACUUCGAGCUCCGCCCCCCAGGUGCUCCUGCUGCUCCUGUUGCUGCUCUGGGCUGAGCGGCCGCGAGCAACCGAGCUCACCUUCGAGCUGCCGGACAGCGCCAAGCAGUGCUUCCACGAGGAGGUGGACGAGGGCGUCAAGUUCUCCUUGGACUAUCAGGUCAUCACCGGAGGCCACUACGAUGUUGACUGCUACGUGGAAGACCCUUUGGGGAACACCAUCUACAGGGAAACCAAGAAGCAGUAUGACAGCUUCACACACCAGGCAGAGGUCAAGGGCGUCUAUCAGUUCUGCUUCAGCAAUGAGUUCUCCACCUUCUCUCAUAAGACCGUCUAUUUUGAUUUCCAAGUGGGCGAUGAGCCCCCUAUCCUCCCAGACAUGGGGAACAGGGUCACAGCUCUUACCCAGAUGGAAUCCGCCUGUGUGACCAUCCACGAGGCUCUGAAGACAGUGAUUGACUCACAGACACAUUAUCGACUCCGGGAGGCCCAGGACCGGGCUCGGGCUGAAGACCUGAAUAGCCGAGUUUCCUACUGGUCUGUGGGCGAGACAAUUGCCCUGUUCGUGGUCAGCUUCAGCCAGGUGCUACUGCUGAAAAGCUUCUUCACAGAAAAGCGACCCAUAAACCGGAGUGUCCACUCUUAGCUCAGG